AUGAGACAAAAUAUAAUAAUCUUGUUUUUCAUUGUUAUUGUUUGCUUGACAAGUCUUUUUGUUGAUGCUAAGGAACCUCCAAAGAAUUUGCAAGUUGGUAUUAAGAAUCGUAUUCCCGAUGGGAUAUGUCGUAAAAGAACUAAGAAUGGGGAUUCGAUAUCUGUUCACUACACAGGAACAUUAUUCGAAAAUGGUAAAGAAUUUGAUUCUAGUAUUCCCCGUGGUACACCUUUUACAUUCACCUUAGGUGGCAAUCAAGUUAUUAAAGGUUGGGAUCAAGGUUUGCAUGGCAUGUGUAUUGGAGAAAAGCGCAAAUUAAUUAUCCCCUCUGAUUUGGGUUAUGGUCCAAGAGGCAAUCCACCACUCAUUCCCGCAAAUGCUGCUCUUGUAUUCGAUGUUGAAUUGGAAAGCCCAUCUUCACAAAAAAUGAUUAUCUACAAAGACCCCAUUAGCGGUGACGAAUUUGUUUCUGAUGCUUACCCUAUGAAAGUGGUUGACGACGUUGCCUUUGAAGUUGACUGUCAGCUUGUAACAAUUAAGAAAGGAGCUGAUGUUGACAUUGGAGCAAAUCCCUCAGCUGAAGAGAGCGAAGAAGCUCUCGAAGAGGGCUCCGAAAAAGUUAAUAAUGUAAUUCACGCUUUUCGUCUUCAAGAAACUUCUUUUGAGAAGAAAGCCUAUCAAACCUAUCUUAAGCGUUAUUUGAAAAAACUUGCUGAACAUGUUCAAGAGAAAAACCCAGAAAUAGAUGUAAAAGAAUGGCAAGGGAAAAUUAGCGCUUUCUCUAAAAAAAUCUUUGAUAAUUUCAAAGGUAACAUUUAG